CAGAGUUUGACAGAGCAAAUACAGAACAAGUGGAGGAAGAUGAAUCGAAGCUCGAGCUCUGAAGCUGGCUCCAACGCAAUCAGUGGAGGAAUGACAUCCAGUUAUGUGAGGUGUCUCUGUUCGAAGCUGUCGGUGGUGAGGAAAGCUUGGACGGACGAUAAUCCAGGUAGAAGGUUUUAUGGAUGUCCAAAUCCAAAAUGGAAAUCUUGCACUUUCUUCAAGUGGUUUGAUGUUGAGAAGCCUUAUGGUUGGCAAAAAAAUUCAUUGUUGGAAGCUAGAGAUCUAAUUCGUGAGCAAGAGGAAGAGUUGAAGAAACUGAAGGCUAUGGUUGGACAUGAUGGUAAGGAAAUGGAGUCUGAGAUGUUGCUUCAGAUGGAGGAAGAGAAUAAGAAACUGAGGGCUAUGGUUGGACGUGAUGGUAAGGAAAUGGAGUCUGAGAUAUUGCUUCAGAUGGAGGAAGAGAACAAGAAACUGAGGGCUAUGGUUGGGCCUGAUGCUAAUGAAAUGGAGUCUAAGAUGUUGCAGUUGGAAAAUGAGAACAAGAAGCUAAAGCAGGAGCUUGCUGUGAGCUAUGGAAAGGAGAAGAUGGGUAAGCAGUUUGUGAUAAUAUCGUGGGUGGGGUUUGCUUGCGUUACUCCUGUGAUUGUUAAUGCUUUGAAGUAGGUUAUUCUACCUUGUUCUAUUGUAAUGAAAUGUUGAAUGUUAUGGAGUUUAU